AUGCGCUCUUCACUUUCCCUUGCUUCUCUCUCCCUGGCGCUGGGUGCCACUGCGGAGCCGUGGAGCAAUGGACGUAAGUACGGCAGUACUUUUUACUCAGGUCCCACCAGUAAUGCCUACAUUACGAAGGCUACCUACUCUGUGGUUCCCCCUGAUACUCCUUGCAACUACCACACCGAACUUCCUCAAGGGGAGCUUUCGUUGUGGGUUGGUGUUCAAGACGACCCUACCUACAGAGAUCUUGUGGAUAUGAACCUUGUUCAACCUCUGGUAAACUGGGCGCCCGACCAGAGUCUCACGGGUUGUGAUACGGAUAAUGAGCAUUGGUGCGUUGCGGCAAGCACCUAUACUCCUUCGGGUCAGGAAACCCAAACCUAUCAGGUCAUUCCUACUGGCUCCCAACUUGACUUCGAAAUUUCUGUCAACUCUGAGACCACCAAAAUUGACCAAAAGGUUUGGAUUUCAGGCAAUCUGGUCUCCUCUAAAUCAGACAGUGCCGGCAUGGAGCCUGCUGUCUUCUACGGUUUCAACGAAUGCGUUGACCACUCUUGCGGAACUCUCAAGGCAUACAGCUGGUCCAACAUCACUGUGCAUCUCAGUGACGCCGAUGAGAACUACGGUAACACUUUCUCCCUGUUCAACGCUGCCUCGGACGGCCCUACCACCUCGGACGGCGGAAAGACCUGGUACAUUGAUUCAAUCAGAUUUGCCAAGGACUACCUCUAUGAGGAUGACUCCGUUCAGGAGUGCUAUUAG